UGGAGGCCGAGGAGCCCUACUUGAAUCUAUAAACCAGAAAGGAUAUAGCCGAGGAGAGGGAGCGCGCGUUUAUAAUACGCCGGGUGAGUCUCUCUCUCUCUCUCCAUCGGAAGUAUGGCGGUUGGAGGUUGCACUUUCUCGUCCGAUGAUAUCGUGAUAAAGCCGCCGACGGACAGGCGAUCGUACAGAUACAUACAGCUUCCAAAUGGUCUCUGUGCUCUGCUCGUACACGAUCCAGAGAUUUGCUCUGAUAAACCUGUCGGGCAGCCUGACAAUGCCGGAGCUAGUGGAGAUGAAGAUGAAGAAGAAGUGGAGGACGAUGACGAUGGCGAUGGUGAAGAGAGUGAAGGCGAGGAAGAGGACGACGAUGAAGAAGAAGGUGAAUCUGACGAAGAUGAUGGAAACGACGCGGAAACAGAAGGAAAGGGUGGCGCAUCUCAGACUAAGCAGGCGGCAGCAGCAAUGUGUGUCGGAAUAGGCAGCUUUUCUGACCCACUCGAGGCACAGGGACUUGCACAUUUUCUAGAACAUAUGCUCUUCAUGGGGAGUACUGAUUUCCCAAAAGAAAAUGAGUAUGAUAGUUAUUUAUCCAAGCAUGGAGGUUCCUCAAAUGCAUUCACAGAAGUUGAGCAUACUUGCUACCAUUUUGAAGUUAAACGGGAGUUUCUCAAGGGUGCCUUGAGAAGAUUUUCGCAAUUUUUUAUUUCACCUUUGGUUAAAGCUGAAGCGAUGGAUCGAGAAGUUCAAGCAGUGGAUUCAGAAUUUAAUCAGGUUCUGCAAAAUGAUUCUUGUCGUCUUCAGCAACUACAAUGUCAUACAUCAGCACCUGGACAUCCUUUUAACCAAUUCUUUUGGGGCAAUAAGAAAAGCCUGGUUGACGCCAUGGAGAAGGGAAUUAAUUUGCGGGAGCAAAUUCUGAAAUUGUACAAUGAUUAUUACCAUGGUGGGUUGAUGAAGCUAGUUGUGAUUGGAGGAGAGACUCUAGAUAUUCUUGAGAGCUGGGUGCUUGAAUUAUUUAGUGGUGUCAAAAGAGGUCCUCCCUUAAAGCAUGAUGUCAGGAUGGAACUUCCUAUCUGGAAAGCUGGUAAAGUUUACAAGUUAGAGGCAGUUAAAGAUGUUCAUAUCCUUAAUUUAUCGUGGACAUUGCCAUCCCUCAGAGAUGAUUAUUUGAGAAAACCAGAGGAUUACCUGGCUCAUCUCAUUGGGCAUGAGGCCAAAGGGAGCUUGCAUUUCUUUCUAAAAGCAAGAGGGUGGAUAACUUCUAUAUCAGCCGGUGUGUGGGAUGAAGGAAUGCACCGAUCGUUGGUAGCCUAUAUUUUUGGCAUGUCUAUAUGCCUUACUGACUCUGGCUUGGAAAAGAUCUUUGAGAUCAUUGCCUAUGUUUAUCAGUACCUUAAGUUAUUGCGUCAAGUUUCUCCACAAGAAUGGAUAUUCAAGGAACUCCAGGAUAUUGGAACUAUGGAAUUCAGAUUUGCGGAGGAACAGCCUCAGGAUGAUUAUGCUGCAGAACUUGCAGCGAAUAUGCUUCUUUAUCCACCAGAACAUAUUAUUUUUGGGGACUAUGCUUACAAGUUAUGGGAUGAGGAAAUGAUCAAUCAUGUUUUGAGUUUCUUCAGACCAGAGAACAUGAGGGUUGAUGUGGUAUCAAAGUCCUUCAAUAAGUCAAAAGACUUCCAGUGUGAACCAUGGUUCGGAUCAAGAUAUAUAGAGGAUGAUAUUCCUCCAUCACUGUUGCAAUUGUGGAGUGAUCCUUCAGAAAUUGACGUGUCCCUGCAUCUGCCUGUAAAGAAUGAGUUCAUCCCAUGUGAUUUUUCCAUUCGCGCUGAUAAGGCAUCCAGUGCAGAUGCAGCUUUUCCAAAAUGUAUAGUUGAUGAACCCUUAAUGAAGUUCUGGUACAAGCUUGAUAGGACUUUCAAAUGUCCCCGUGCAAAUACAUAUUUCCGCAUUACAUUAAAAGGAGGAUACAAUAAUUUGAAGAAUUCUCUUUUGACUGAAUUAUUUGUUAAUCUGCUUAAAGACGAGCUGAAUGAAGUUAUAUAUCAGGCCAGUGUAGCCAAGUUAGAAACGUCUGUAUCUCUUUACAGUGACAAGCUGGAGUUAAAGGUCUAUGGUUUCAAUGAUAAACUUCCAGUUCUUCUAUCUAAAGUUUUGGCAGUUGCUAAAUAUUUUUGGCCAAACGACGAUCGUUUCAAGGUCAUUAAAGAGGAUAUGGAGAGAACUUUAAGAAACACCAACAUGAAGCCUCUUAAUCAUUCGUCAUAUUUGAGACUGCAAGUCCUCUGUCAGAGUUUCUGGGAUUCCGAUGAGAAACUAUUGUCGCUAAAUGAUCUGUCUCUUGAUGAUCUGAAGGCUUUUAUUCCCGAGCUACUUUCUCAGCUAUAUAUUGAAGGCCUUUGCCAUGGCAAUUUACUGGAGGAAGAAGCAAUUAGCUUAUCAAAUAUAGUUCAUAGUAACUUCUUGGUCCAACCACUCCCAUUUGAAAUGAGACAUAAGGAGUAUGUAAUGUGUCUUCCUUCUGGUGCUGAUCUUGUUCGAGAUGUCAAAGUGAAGAAUAAUCUGGAAACAAACUCUGUGGUUGAGCUUUAUUUUCAAAUUGAACCAGAAGUUGGACCUGAAAUGACGAAACUGAAAGCACUGGCAGAUCUUUUUGAUGAAAUUGUUGAUGAACCACUUUUCAAUCAGCUCAGGACCAAAGAGCAACUUGGUUAUGUUGUUGAGUGUAGCUUGCGGGUGACAUAUCGAAUUUUAGGCUUUUGUUUCCGUGUUCAAUCUUCUGAGUACGACCCUGUCUAUUUGCAAGGGAGAGUGGAUAACUUCAUAAAUAGCCUGAAAGAGUUGUUGGAUGGAAUUGAUGAUGACUCCUUCGAGAAUUACAGAAGUGGAUUAAUAGCAAAGCUGCUGGAGAAGGAUCCCUCUCUCCAAUAUGAAACAAAUCGGUUUUGGGGUCAAAUUGUAGAUAAAAGGUAUAUGUUUGACUUCUCUGAGAAGGAAGCAAACGAACUCAGCAGCAUUCAGAAGAAAGAUGUUAUUGACUGGUAUAAUACUUAUUUGAGACAAUCAUCUCCCAAGUGUCGGAGGCUUGCAAUCCGAAUAUGGGGUUGCAAUACUGAGUUAAAAGUAGCCGACACACAAGCAACGUCUGGGCAGGUCAUUGAAGAUCUCACGGCCUUCAAGACGUCAUCUAAGUUCUAUCCAAGCUUUUGCUGAAGAUUGUUUUAAUAGUGUCAAACAUGAGAUAGUCAGAUAGAGUAGUGUAUACCUUAGAAGUCAUCCUGCUCCUCCUCGGUUUAGAUCAGGGGAGUAGGUCAGGUUGUACGAUGAAACUUACUUGAAGCAGGACAUAGAUAUCUAUAAAUGAACCGAGAUAAGGAAAGUUGAUUUAGAGUAAGUACUCUUGAGAAAUACACCCAUUCUUUGGUGCAGAUGUACCAUCAUUGAUGAUGCCAUGUCUGGCCACUCUUUUCCUUGAGUUUCAGUAGUGCUCUAAAGUAGCUGUAUGUUAUGUUCAAUGCUAGAAAAGAAUCAAGCCUUCUUUAGUAAUGAAGAUCUGAUUUAGAAACGAAGAGCAAAAAUUAA